AUGGCUAGUCCUCCCGUUCUAGCUUUCGAUGCCGAGGGCCGUCCAGUGAAGUUCGAAACCUGGCUCGAUGACCUGCACCUGUUCCUACAGCUCACUGCCAAGGAAGAUAUCUCACUGUACGACCACGCCCUAGGCCAUGCUACUGCCCCUGACUCGUCUGCUGACAGCACUCUGCGUUCCCAGUGGCAGACCCGUGAUGCGCACGCUCGCUUUGCUAUACGCAACUCCCUGCCGCUAGACGAGCGCGAGCACUUCGGCCAGUGCAAGACUGCUAAGGACCUCUACACCACUGUAGUUGCCCGCUACUCCUCACCCGCUUCUGCCACACUAGGCCGCCUCACUCUCCCCUACCUGUUCCCCGACCUAGCCUCCUUUCACACUGUCGCAGACCUCAUCACCCACCUUAAGACUAGUGAGGCCCGCUUUCGCGCUGCUAUGCCUGCCGAGUUUCUCACUAGCAACCCCCCCCCGCUCUGGAUCACUCUCUACCACAUCGUCACCCGCCUCCCUGACUCUCUGCGCGCAGUCAGGGACCACUUCCUCUCUCGCUCCCCCACUGAGCUCACUGUUGCCCUCCUCGAGAAGGAACUGCUUGCAGCUGAGGCGAGCAUCGUCGCUGUAGGCACCUCUCGUGGCGACCCCCGCACCCCGUUCUUUGAGGGGUGUUCCCCUUCCCCCCUCCUCCCCUCUGUCGCCUCUGCUGCUGCUGUCGACCUUCUUGGUGCUGAGAAGGUCGGGACCGCGUCUGCUUCGAGCGGGCGCCGCAGGAACAAGGGGGGCAGGGGUGGGGGUGGCGGCGGAGGAGGUGGGGGUGGAGGCGGUGGGAGUGGAGGCGCGGCUGGGGAGACUAGUGGCGGCAGUGGGGGAGGAGACAGCAGCGGUGGGAGUGGUGGUGGAGGCGGCAGCGGAGGCGGAGGUGGUCGUGGCGGCGGCAGGGGUGGAGGUGGCCGGGGCGGCGGCGGUGGGGGUGGUGGUCGUGGAGGCACUGGCGGAGGGCAGAGUCAGCAGCCCGCCCCGACGCUUCAGGCCGCCCGUGAGUGGUAUGCGCAGCGUAGCUUUACCUGCACGUACGUCAUUCGCACAGGUGACCGCAGCGGCCAGCAGUGUGGGAGGCCGCACCCCACGCAGCGCUGCUUCGCGCGCCUUAACGACGCGUGGCGCACUCAGUUUCCUGCUGCCACUGAGCUGCCGCGCUGGGCUGAUCUGGAAAAGAGGGGUGUUGAUAUUUGGGCUUUAGACUUUGAUGCUAUUCUCACUGCCAUGUAUGCGAUGUCUAUUAGUGGAGAGGGUGCUCAGUACUUGCGUGUUCCGCCCGACCCGGGCAUUCAGGCCAGUCCGGCUGCCGCUCUAGGUGCUAGUGCGUCUGCUCCCACAGGUCCUGGUGAGGCUGCUGCCCUAGGUGCUCGUGCGUCCGUGUCCCCUGGUACUGAGUCGACUGCAGCACUGCACACCUUCACACUGGACUCAGGUGCUUCUCGCUCCUUCUUUCGUGACCGCACUGUCCUUGAGCCACUCGCUCGGCCAGUUGCUGUCUCCCUUGCUGACCCCUCUGGGGGUCCGGUCAUUGCGACCUCCUCCACUGUCCUUCCUUGUCCGGCGGUCCCGUCCGGCACGCUGUCAGGUCUCUACCUCCCCUCGUUCUCUACGAACUUGGUGGCAGGUAGUGCGCUCCAGGACGGGGGUGUUCACCAGUUCACCCCCGCCUACGAGCGCGUGACACACUGCACGUGUGCUCGGACGGGUCGCCACCUGGCUACCUUCACUCGGGAGCCGGGGUCGGACCUUUACACACUGACCACUGAGUCCCCUCAGGUAGCUGCGUCCGCGUCUGCGUCUGCGUCAGGUCAGCUGUCCGCCCCCUGCUCGUGUCGCUCUCUGGCGCAUGAGACUGUCCUUUGGCACCACCGCCUUGGUCACCCGUCUGUGCAGCGCCUUCGGGCCAUGCACAAACGGGACCUUGUUGCUGGUCUUCCCAGGGUGCUCCCUCCCCUUCCCGACUCGCCUGCUCCUCCCUGUAUUCCCUGUGUCGAGGGACGGCAGCGCGCCGCUCCUCACUCCUCCUCCUUUCCCCCGACGACUGCUCCCUUGCAGACGCUCCACAUGGACGUGUGGGGCCCAGCCCGCGUCCGUGGUCAGGGUCAGGAGAGGUACUUCCUGAUUGUUGUUGACGACUUCUCGCGCUACACCACGGUCUUCCCCUUGCGCGCCAAGGGUGACGUCCCUGAUGUCUUGAUCCCUUGGAUCCGCAGAUCUCGUCUCCAGCUCAGUGAGCGUUUCCGCUCCGACUUCCCUGUCCUGCGUCUGCACUCUGACAGAGGUGGGGAGUUUUCCUCUGGCCUAUUGGAGGCCUUCUGUCAGCAGGAGGGCAUUGAGCAGUCGUACACGCUUCCGGACUCUCCACAGCAGAAUGGGGUUGCUGAGCGCCGCAUUGGUCUGGUCAUGGAGGUCGCUCGUACCUCCUUGAGCCAUGCGGCUGCCCCCCAUUUUCUGUGGCCGUUUGCAGUCCGAUACGCUGCGCAUCAGCUCAACCUCUGGCCCCGUGUCUCCUUGCCCGAGACUUCUCCGACACUGCGUUGGACGGGAGAGGCUGGCGAUGCGUCGCGUUUUCGGGUCUGGGGAUCCCGAGCUUUUGUCCGCGACACGUCCGCGGACAAGCUCUCCCGUCGCGCUGUCCCCUGCGUCUUCCUUGGCUUUGUCCCGGACGCCCCUGGCUGGCAGUUCUACCACCCCACCUCGCGUCGUGUCCUGGCCUCUCAGGACGUCACUUUUGACGAGUCCGUCCCCUACUACCGCCUCUUCCCCUACCGCACUGCCCCGCUCCCCCCCCCCCGCCUCUCUUCCUCGCUCCAGGUAGACCCGGGUGAGCCUGUCGAGGUAGCUGUUGACUCUCGUCCUGCUAGGGGUGCUGAGCCUAGGGGUGCUGCGUCUGGGGGUGCUGAGCCUGGGGGUGCUGCGUCUGGGGGUGCGGAGCCUGGAGGUGCGGAGCCUGGAGGUGCUGAGCCUGGGGGUGCUGAGUCUGGAGGUGCUGAGUCUGGGGGUGCUGAGCCUGCGCGUGCUACACCUGGAGGAGCCCUCUCCUCCCAGCAGCUGCAGGAGAGGUACCUCGAGUACUGCCGCCUCCGGAGAGGUGCUGCUGGAGCUCGUCCCGGUACUUCCCCUCCUACCCAGGAGCUCCCCCCCAUUCAGCAGAUCCGCGAGUGGUACACACGCCGCUGCAGUCUUCGGAGUGGUGCUCCUGGUGCUGCGGACCCUGGGGGUGGCACUGCUGCUGGUGCUGAGGACCCGGACGUUGGAGCUGCUGCUGGUGCUGCGGACCUGCCUGGUGGAGCUGCUGCUGGUGCUGAGGACUCGGACGUUGGAGCUGCUGCUGGAGCUGAGGACCCGGGCGGUGGCGCUGCUGCUGGUGCUGAGGACCCGGACGGUGGAGCUGCUGCUGGUGCUGAGGACUCGGACGGUGGAGCUGCUGCUGGAGCUGAGGACCCGAGCGGUGGCGCUGCUGCUGCUGCUGAGGACCCGGGCGUUGGAGCUCCUGCUGGUGCUGAGGACCCGGACACUGGAGCUCCUACUGGUACUGAGGACCCGGCCGCUGGAGUCUCCUCUGCUUCUGGAGACGCUGUGCGGCCGCGACCGUACUUCGUACCGCUCCUUCAGCAGGUUCUUGGGCAGGCUCCUCCUCCUUGUCCUCCUCCCUCCGUAGAGUGUCCCCCGCCUGUCCAGCCGCAGUCACAGUUACCGCCUACCUCGCCUCUCCCUGCUCCCUCUCCUUACACUGGUCCCACAGGAGGUCUUACAGAGCGUCGUGAGCCUGAGUCUCGUCCUGCGUCGCCUGUUCGUCCUGCUCGCACUGGUAGUCGUGUCCGUCGUGAGCGUCCUCCUCCUGUCCCAGGCACUCACUACAUGACUCUGCGUCCCUCUACUGCUCCUCGGCGUGUCCCUCUACCGUCUCCUCCUGCGUCCUCUUUGCCUGACGUUCCGGACCCUGAGUCUGACCGGUAUCGUGCUGAGCACCCUACUGUCACGCGUCUCCUCGCUACUGUUGUCACUGACCCUACCUUUGAGUCCUCGGCUGCGUCUGCUCUGGUCGCUGAGUUGGUUGACUUUGCUGCUGCCUGUCGUCUAGACUACGCUGCUAGCCUUGUUGCUGAGUCUGAGUCUGAGUCUGUCUGUCCUCCGUCCGUCGGGGGUGAGUGUGCUCUUGGCACGGACGUCCUUGAGGACAGACAGGAGGAGUUCCAGUGUCUUGCUGCUGCUUUGCCCCGUCUCGUGUCCUUGCUAGUUGCCCCUGAGGGAGACCCGGAUGCACCAGACAUCCAGACCCCGCGCACUUACGCUGAGGCGAUGGCGGGUCCCUACUCCUCUCAGUGGCAGACAGCCAUGGACGCCGAGAUGGCUUCCUGGAAGUCCACACGCACCUACGUCGACGAGGUUCCCCCUCCUGGGGCGAACAUCGUCAGUGGCAUGUGGAUUUUCAGGGUGAAGCGGCCGCCGGGUUCUCCGCCUGUCUUCAAGGCGCGUUACGUGGCUCGAGGCUUCAGUCAGCGAGAGGGAGUUGACUUCUUCCAGACCUUCUCCCCCACCCCGAAGAUGACUACUCUUCGGGUGCUGCUGCACAUAGCCGCCCACCGCGACUACGAGCUUCACUCACUUGACUUCAGCACUGCUUUCUUGCAGGGCAGCCUGCACGAGGAGAUCUGGCUGCGCCGCCCACCUGGCUUCACUGGGUCGUUUCCUCCUGGUACCCAGUGGAGGCUUCAGCGGCCGGUCUACGGUCUCCGCCAGGCUCCGCGUGAGUGGCACGACACACUGAGGACUACACUUGCGGCUCUUGGGUUCGCGCCUUCUACAGCUGACCCGUCGCUGUUCCUGCGCACCGACACUUCGCUGCCGCCGUUCUACAUCCUCGUGUACGUCGACGACUUGGUCUUUGCCACUGCUGACACUGCAGGACUCGCCUACGUGAAGUCGGAGCUGCAGAGGAGACACACGUGCACAGACCUGGGUGAGCUGACAAGCUAUCUUGGCUUGCGGAUCACCCGGGACAGAGCACGGCGCACCAUCACCCUGACUCAGUCACACAUGGUGCAGCAGGUUCUCCAGCGCUUCCGCUUCACGUACUCCUCGCCUCAGUCCACUCCUCUGCCUACCGGUCACUCGCUCUCAGCUCUGCCUUCGGAUGAGUCCGUAGAGCCGAGUGGCCCGUAUCCAGAGCUUGUGGGCUGCCUCAUGUACCUGAUGACCUGCACUCGACCUGACCUUGCAUACCCUCUUAGCAUCCUUGCACGCUAUGUCGCUCCUGGCCGUCACAGGAAGGAGCACAUGGAUGCCGCUAAGAGGGUGUUGCGCUACUUGUGCAGUACGUCAGGCAUGGGGCUUGUGCUUGGAGGGCGAGACCGAGUUGUUCUCACAGGGCACUCAGACGCUUCUUGGGCAGACGACCAGGCCACUCAGCGGUCGUCUCAGGGUUACACCUUCAGCCUUGGCUCUGGCUCAGUUUCUUGGCGCUCUACACGCUCUUCUUCUGUUCUCGGCUCCAGUUGCGAGGCUGAGAUCUACGCUACAGCCAUGGCUGCCCAGGAGCUACGCUGGCUGACCUACCUGCUGACCGACCUCGGAGAGCGGCCUCGUUCUCCUCCAGUACUGUACGUCGACAACAAGGCUGCCAUUGCCUUGUGUGAGGAGCACAGACUGGAGCACAGAACGAAGCACAUCGCCCUUCGGUACUUCCUUGCUCGUGAGCUGCAGCAGCGCGGUCAGCUUUGUAUUCGCUACGUGGCCACUGAGGCCAACACUGCUGAUGUGUUCACCAAGGCGCUUCAGCCUCGUGACCAUCAGCGCUUCUGCACUCUACUAGGCCUUGUGCCUACUGGACCUCACUUACUUACCUCUUGA